AUGGCGCCUCAACCCGUCAUUCGAGUGGUUGGCUCGCUGAACAUCGACUUUGUUACCCGAACGCCUCGAGUGCCCGGGCCUGGAGAAACACUGCAAGCCACGUCCCUGACGGUGCAUGCGGGAGGCAAAGGGGCCAACCAAGCAGUGGCCUGUGGCAAGGCUGCAUUUAUAUCCCAAACUCAACAAGAUGUCACGGUCGACAUGAUCGGUGCCGUGGGCAAGGGUGAUCCAUACUACGCGUCUCUGCUCAAGCCGACCCUGGAAAAGAGCGGCGUGAGCACGACAGGGGUGGAAGAGAUUGAGGGGGUGCAAACAGGAACCGCGACCAUCAUCGUGGAUGAGGGUUCCGGCGGGGAGAACAGGAUCCUGGUGGUGCCCGGGGCCAACCACGAAGUCAAGGAUUUGGAGCAACUUCUGUCCGUGGUCACUCGGAAGGGCGACCCGGAUGUCAUGGUCCUGCAGGGCGAGAUUUGUCGACUUAUGGUGCUGGCCUUGCUGAACCUGUUCAACGCUCCCGAGCGUCACACCUGCAUCGUUUUCAAUCCUGCCCCCGUGUUCAGCGAAGGCAUCCCGAUCGAAGCACUUCAGAGUCUCGGCGUGCUGGUGGUGAAUGAGACGGAAUGUCUGCUUCUUUUCAAAGUGGUGGAAGAACUAAAUGGCGUCGAGGUGCCUCGCGAAGAAGACUUGGACAAGGCGCAUCUUGACCGGCUCACGAAGCAUCUCCACGACCUGGCACGCAUCUCCAUCAUUGUGGUAACUCUGGGCUCUCGCGGCGUCUAUUACUCCACGGACAUCAGCGGACAAGACGGGUUUGUUCAGAACAGAGGACUAGUUCCUGCGGUCAAGGUCAAGCAAGUUGUCGACACCACGGCCGCGGGAGAUACGUUUGUCGGGUACUUUGCAACGGCGCUCGCCCGGCACCUUGCCGCAACACACGAGCUCGCGGGGUUUGAUGUCGCCGGUGCAGUGAGCAAGGCCAACAAAGCCGCUGCCAGAUGUGUGCAGAGGAAUGGGGCCAUGGAGAGUAUUCCGUUCGGAUACGAAUAG